AAAAAAGCUUACACAUUGUGCCCUGCGUUGCGUUUCUGCUUUGGAAAGGAGAUUAACGCCGGCUUUCUACCUUAGAGAGUUAGCCGCGAGGUGUGGAACCGUCGACGUCGUUGGACUGAGUAAUGAAAAACGACUGCUGCUGCGUGGCCGUUACGUUUGCCGUACAAUAAGCUUGUUGCAGUGGUCCAAUGAAAGACAAGGUCGGAGGGCUGUUCAGAUCUCUGCGAGCGAAGAUGGGAGGCGGACAGUCACGGCAGGACACGAGAAAAGUGCCCGCUGGAGCGCCGGCGUCGGAAACAAACGAUGAGAAUGUUGUGAAUACGAUGAGUUCAAAUUCGAAGAAUCAGCAACGGAGACCUCGACAGAGUCAGUCUCAAGUGUCUGCCGCCACUUCUCGUUUGGUCACUCGCAAGGAGAUCGCCUACGUGGAAUUAUUGAAACGACCGGGACAAGCAUUGGGACUCAUUGUAUCAGGUGGAUCUGACAAGGCAAGUCUUGUGAAAGUUGGAGGUCUUCGAUCUGGUGGAUUGGCUCAGAAAAGCGAAUCUCUUGAAGUGGGAGACAGAAUUCUUGCUAUCAACGGGAAAAGCACUGACAAUCUGACUCAUUCAGAAGUCAUAUCUUUGCUAAAGAAUGCAGAAGAUGUCAUCACAUUGGAAAUUGAAUACGAAACAGCUGGAGAGGCUUCUCAUGAUGAGGAUGUGAUUACGAAAACAGUUCUUGUUUGUUUGAAGAAAGAGGGAAAUACGUUUGGCUUCAUGUUUAGUGGUGGGUCAGAGAAAGGCAGACCACUGACAAUAUCGAAUGUUCGCCCAGGAACUGCUGCAUACAGGAACGGUACGCUUAGACCUGGAGAUCGCAUGUUGAAGGUUAAUGGGAUGAACUUGCGACAUGCAACACAUGCUGAAGUGCUUGCAUUGCUAAAAUCAGCGAAACGAAAAAUUACUCUGGAACUGGAAUAUGACGUCACAUUACAUGAGAAUUUAGACGAAAUUCAAGGUCCCAUUUUGGUUGAAGUGCAAAAGCCUGUGGGAGGGAGUCUGGGUCUAACACUGACUGGUAAUCAAAUUGUUGGUGAGCCUAUCUUUAUCUCACAUAUCAAAGAUGCUGGCAUAGCAGAUAGGUGUGGUGCAUUACAUGUUGGCGAUCAAGUGCUGUCCAUUAAUGGUCAGUCUCUGACUGAGUGGAGUCUUCCCGAUGCUGUGCAGAUGCUUGUUGACUCUGAUACUACACUCAAGCUGGAAGUAUUGCCUGUCUCGCUACUGCCACCAAACUUUCUUCCUUCAAAUUUGGGUGUUGAGAAGAGUCCCAAAGGACGAGAUUUCAGUGAUGUUCCGCCAACUAGCCAACUGCAUCAACGGAGGCCUUCAGUUACUUCUCUUAGUGAAGGACCAACUCCUGCUCAAGGCCACAGUCGGAGACCUUCUAUUGGCUCUUUAAAUGGCAGCAUGUUGGCUCUGGCAAAUCCGAUGCACUUAUGUCAUACUGAACAACUACAUGUCGAGCUAGUACCAGACUCAUUUGGUUAUGGUUUCUUAAUGCAAGGAAUUCACAAGUUGUCUGUUGGUCCAUUUACUGUGGCAAGUAUUGAACUAGAUAGUCCUGCGCAGCAACACGGUGAGUUUAUGAUUGGAGAUCGAAUCCUGGCAAUUAAUGGGAGGUCUACAGAAGGAAUGUUGCUUGAACAAGCAUGGAAUGUUGUGAAUGAGGCAACCGGAAAUCUUGCUCUUCAAUUAGAGUUUGACGUUGCAGAGUCUGUGAUUCCUGGCACUGGAACAUUUGAUGUGAAACUGGCUAAACACAGUGGAGGUCUUGGGAUCACAAUCAAUGGUAACCCAGAAAAGGGUGGACCAAUAUGGAUAUCUCAAAUCAAGAAAGGAGGCAUUGCACAUAGGACUGGGACUUUAGAGCCAGGUGAUGUGCUUUUAGCAAUCGAUGGCAAGAAUUUGGAAGGAGCAACAUUGCAACAUGCUGUGGAAUUGCUGAAAUCGUCUGGAGAUGUUGUCACAUUGCAGAUCAGUAAAGACACUGCCACUCUUGGACCGCCGGGUACUAUUGUGUUUACGGUGGAGCUGAUGAGACGUGGGGCAAGUUUAGGAAUUACUGUGCAUGGAUCUGAGAAUCCUGGUGAUCCCAUAAUUGUGUCACAACUUAGAGAAGACGGUGUUGCAUUCAGGAGUGGUACACUGAAAGUUGGUGAUCGCAUAUUGGCUAUCAACAAUGUCAAUCUUCGUAUGCACACAUUGGUAGAUGCAGUAAAACUGUUGCAAACAGCAGGAGAUAUGGUAACAUUGAAGAUAUGUCGAGAGCCAACCACUGCUCCAAACAGAUUUGUGAAGUUUGUACCAGCUAAUUCUCAUCCUUUAAUUCAUUCUCCAAAGGCUUAUAGUCAGGGGCAUUUGAAUGAGUUUACGUGGCCUACAUCUGACCCACAGGAUGAUUUUGAGUCAGAAGUAUUCGAAGAUCAGAAUGAGGACACUCGGGAAAAAUCAACAACGUCAAACAGAUCAAUGCAGAGGCGUUUGGCAAUGUUGGCAUUGAAGCAGUCGGGUCGAAGUACUCCAGAUAUGCAGAGCACAGCGGGGAGUCCACAAUUUGAUGAAAUGUAUCAAGCAAAGCCAUGGUCGACGUCAGAAGUUGCCAAUGAGAGUUAUGUUGGUCCAGCAAUUGAGCACAGAGACAGCUUUAGGUCGUAUCCUAGCGUGCAACGAUGGCUUCGAUCAAGUGCAGGCAACUUAACUUCGGCUCAUUUGAGACACUUGGGGAGUGGUGGAGAUAGCUCUUCACCUGGUACAGAUCAUCGCUGGACACAAACAAUGCCGAGGCAGGGAAAUGAAUGGGUAGGACAGGUUACUUCUGGUUCAAAACCUCGUUACAAUAUUAGAGAUGGCUAUGCAACGUGGAGCGGUAGAAGGCGAGGUGGAUCGAGUCCAGCCGGUGGCAGUUGGAGCCAAGGAAUUAAUGAUGCAGAAAAAAGGUUUGGAGAGCUGAGGCCUCUUAAUCCAGCCUUUGCUGCAGAAACUUCAAGACGUCGACGAACUUUGCACAAAGAGACAUCGUCAGACAGCGAUAGUCCUCCUUCAAAUUCUCGAACAAGAGAACAAAAGAGGUCUCCUCCUAAAUUUGGUCAACGGUUUGAUGAGCAAUUUAGAGUGGCAGCCAGUAAGCCUACUGCUGUGUUGGUGAAGAAGGUGACACUUCGAAGGAAGAGCUCUCUGUCUGACUUUGGUUUCAGUGUUGCUGAUGGGGCAACAGAACCAGGCGUGUUUGUGAAGGCCGUGAAGCCCGGUGGUCCAGCAAUAGAAAAGCUACAAGCUUUUGAUAAAAUUCUCCAGGUGAAUGACACAAACGUGCACGACUCGGACUGCUGCCGAGUUGUACCGCUGAUUGCCCAGGCAAGUCACACACUCUCUCUGAUUAUAACGAGACGUAAACAGUCACAUCCAGCACUGACCAAGGACAGCGAUUAAUACGAUAGUAAAAAUAAUUAAGUUGCAAUGGGUUUCUACUUGGGUUUUGUCAUAGCAAUUAGCUAAACCAUGAUAUUGCAAACAUUAGGCAAAAUUUAAUCUUAAUUUAUUUGCUAGUGAAAAUUUGAAUUGUAAUUAACGUUUUACAGAUACUAAUAGAUCUAAGGAACAUCACCUGCUCUAUGAUGA